CUCAAUGAAGAUACAGAGAUGAACGACCUGAAAAUGGUCAGGUUCAUUGGAGCGAGGAGGAAGGCCGUCGAUAGUACAGCCAACAUGAUAGAUGCAGAGAUGGAAGAUGACUUGCUUGAUCCUGCGCUCUGGGACAAUGGCUGAUCUGGAUGAUGAGCAUAGAUGCUCCGUCGCCGCCAUCGAGGAGUACACCUGGCAGCACCAGUUCAAAGACUGGGUGGCUGAAGCCGCCGCGGUCGACAACCCCAACGAGCAUGUUCAAGAGCUCGCCGCCGCCCUGAUCGAAGUCAAGGAGAGACUUGGAACAAGGUUCUCACCGGAUGAGCGUAACAGACUCCAAAUGCAGCACAGCACCCUGGAGCACGAUCCAACCAGGCUAUCGGCGAUGUCAUGUUCUCCACCCUCAAUUCUGCGUUUCAUGCGACUCUUGAUGACUACUACAAGGCAAACUCGAUCUUCGUCAAUGGGGGCCGGUAUGGCAUCAUUCGGCGAUAUUGCCACCGCCUACAUUCCCAACUGGCACACUGUGCAGCACAUUGUCCUGGCAGGUGACUCUGCCCAGCAGUACGCAAUGCUCGAGGCAAAGGGCCGUAAUGAGUUCUCGUGGCUUGAGGCAGAAUCAUUCUUGUUCGAAUUCGAGGAGGGAGAGAGGAAGCUGACCUCAGUCAUGCUUAUUGAACCAUAUCGUAUGUGCCUCAGCAUAUCGAAGCCGAUCAGCGAUAUUUUGUCCAAGGGUCUACUGCAGACACACCACUCCGCUCUUCGCUCGUACACCGAGGCUAAACAGCUCAUGUCUUUCUUCAAGACAGGAUUAGGCGGCGGUUACCACAACUGGGAACUAUUCGGCGUCGACAUCAGUGGCCAGACUACUGAAAUAGGGGCAUUGGUGCAGUCUCAACAAUCCAGACAAACAACCUCUUCCAUCAUCACAUCAUCACUCCCGAUAACGUCGAUCUUCUACAUCGACUCAAUCCAGUUGCUGCUGCUGAUGUCGAUCCUCAUGCACAAGCAGCCUACGAGCAAGAGGAUACCCUGAAUUAGCUGCAAGCUUUCGGCUACAAUGUUGUAGCCGAGCUGAGAGCUGGCUUUGCAGUCCAGUCUAAUGAGCCUCUUCCACAAGACUUUGGACACUGGGACGAUUGGUUCCCUUUCUCCUUUGGCUAGCUUGAUGUCCCACCUACCCUCCCCUAUAACCGCACGCCCCAUAUCUCCGUCCACACACGCUCUUCGUUCACCGACGAAGACCUAAGGGAAGUAACCAAAGGCUGCAGCCUAGUCCUCGCUUUUUGCCUUGAACCCUCAGGCACGUAACAUGCUCAAUCACCGUCAAU